AUGACGUUAUGGAAUCACCCUGGAGAUGACGUAGCAGGAAUGGUGGCCAGGUGUGAGAAAGUCGUCAACGCCAUGGAAACGUUUUUGGAUGGUGAAGUGUACCAUUAUCAAACCAAGCUGAUUCAGAAAGAAGCUCACACUGGUGGAUCUUAUUGGUUCCCAGACAUGGCAACGGUCUUCAUAGCAAUAGAUCGUGCUGACAGGAAUAACGGAUGCCUUCAGGUUCUGCCUGGAUCGCACAGGCUGGGCCGCAUUGAUCACGUGCCAAUCGGAAACCAAACCGGUGCCGAUCUUGAACGUGUGAAACAAGUUUCCAAGGUUUUGCCCUUGACCUAUGUAGAAUUAAACCCAGGAGACGCAGCGUUCUUUCACUGUAACCUUCUUCACACCAGUGACCAGAACAACAGUGAUAGACGCCGCUGGGCACUUAUUUGUUCCUACAACAGCGCAAGAAACAACCCCGUGAUAGCGCACCAUCAUCCGCAAUAUACGCCACUGAAGAAGGUCCCAAACAAGGCAAUCCUUGAAUGCCCCUGGAUGGCUGACAAGUCAGAGGAAAGUAAAUGGUUUUAUAAAGAAACCGAUUCAACUCCCCAAGGAUUAGCCGUCAAGUGUUCUUGGGAAAUAGCCGGAAGUGCUAAUAAAGUACAGCAGCCUAUGUCAGAUGCUGAGAAACGCCUUAGUGUUAACAUGACGGUAUUUGCUUCUAACCGCCACCUGCUUAUCUUGCUGCAGCAACUGAAUCCUCUUUUCUCUAAAAAACUCGCCAGUAAGAUGCAUUUUGAACCAGUGAAUUGA